UUUAGAUUUCUAAAUAAAAUAUAAUUAUUCAUUUGGUAGCGGCGCCUCCACCGUCACUCUCGCUCUCUGUAGAUCUCUUUCCUUCUAUUCUAUCCAUCAAUGGCUACUCAAGGUCAAGUCAUUACUUGCAAAGCGGCGGUGGCCUGGGAACCAAAUAAACCUCUGGUGAUCGAAGAGGUGCAGGUCGCACCGCCGCAAGCCGGAGAGGUUAGGAUCAAAAUCCUCUUCACCGCUCUCUGUCAUACGGAUGCCUACACCUGGAGCGGCAAGGAUCCUGAAGGUCUAUUCCCAUGCAUCCUUGGUCAUGAAGCUGCUGGGAUAGUUGAGAGUGUUGGUGAAGGUGUGACAGAAGUUCAAGCGGGCGAUCAUGUUAUCCCCUGUUAUCAAGCUGAGUGUAAGGAAUGCAAGUUUUGCAAAUCUGGUAAGACAAAUCUCUGUGGGAAAGUCAGGGUAGCUACUGGAGUUGGAGUUAUGUUGACUGACCGUAAAAGCCGCUUUUCCAUCAAUGAAAAGCCUAUCUAUCAUUUCAUGGGCACAUCAACAUUUAGUCAGUACACUGUUGUACAUGAUGUUAGCGUUGCCAAGAUUGACCCUGUAGCACCAUUGGAGAAAGUGUGUCUGCUCGGUUGUGGUGUUCCAACAGGUCUUGGAGCUGUUUGGAAUACUGCAAAAGUAGAACAAGGUUCCAUAGUUGCUGUAUUUGGUCUCGGCACUGUUGGACUUGCUGUGGCUGAGGGUGCAAAAGCUUCUGGAGCUUCCCGCAUCAUUGGGAUAGAUAUUGACACCAAAAAGUUUGAUAGAGCAAAGGACUUUGGUGUGACUGAAUUCAUCAAUCCAAAGGAUCACGAGAAACCAAUCCAGCAGGUCAUUGUGGAUCUAACAGAUGGCGGUGUUGACUAUAGUUUUGAAUGCAUUGGGAAUGUGGGUGUGAUGAGAGCUGCUCUAGAAUGCUGUCAUAAGGGUUGGGGAACAUCAGUUAUUGUGGGCGUUGCAGCUUCUGGUCAAGAGAUCUCCACUCGUCCUUUUCAGCUGGUGACUGGCCGUGUCUGGAAGGGCACCGCAUUUGGUGGCUUCAAAAGCCGCUCACAAGUACCAUGGCUUGUCGAAAAGUAUCUAAAGAAAGAAAUCAAGGUUGAUGAGUACAUCACCCACACUUCUACACUGCCUGAGAUCAACAAAGCCUUCGAUAUGAUGCAUGAAGGAAUGUGCCUCCGUGUUGUGCUUGACAUGUUCGAGUAAUGGUUCCAUGUUCAGCCAGCACGUGCCUUCAGUAUGGGUGCUAUCGUUUAACCUUCCAUUGCUAUGAAAAUCUCCCAUACAACUCCACUGUCUUAUUGCUCAUAUGUUUGAGUGUCUUCUUCUGCUACUGUGGAUGAUGCUGUCUGUUUAAGUUUACCUCUUUACAUUUUGGUGUUUAUUUCCUUGACCUUAUUGCUGUCAAUUAUGCAAAACAUCCGUUUAAGCUAUAAUAAAACAAAUUUAUUCUUA